GCCCUUGCCUGGCAAUAAUUGUUUGGACGUUUCUCACCUACCGCACUGAGCUCAGUCGAAACGUCCUCUUGUUCCAUACGUCCCCGGCGGCGGCGGCGGCCGAGGAGGACACAGCAAAAUGGCUCCUCGCGCCCUCACCGUUGACUCCCUGAACCCAAAGGUGCUGGCGCUCGCGGAUCACCUCGGCGGCGACGCCAUUGCCCGCCGCGCGCAGUGCAUCCAGAAGGAGAUAGAAACAAAACCCGGGUCACACCCUUUCGACGAGAUAACCUAUUGCAACCUCAGCAAUCCUCAGUCCAUGGGGCAGCAGCCAAACAAGUUUUUCCGAGAGGUUCUUGCGUUGUGUGAUUAUCCCCGUCUUCUAGAACAGAGUGAAACUAAUUCCUUAUUCAGCUCUGAUGCAAUAGCAAGGUCACGGAAGAUUCUUGACCUCUUUCCUUGGAGAGCAACAGGAGGGUAUAGUCACUGUCAGGGUACUGAAGGAUUGCGCGAUGUAAUAGCUGCUGGAAUAACAUGUCGAGAUGGUUUCCCUUGCAAUGCAGAAGACAUUUUCCUGACAGAUGGAGCAGCUCCACCGGUUCACAUGAUGAUGCACAUACUGAUACGGGAUGAAAAAGAUGGUAUCCUCUGCCCAAUUCCAUCACAUUAUUUGUACACAAGUUCUAUGGUUCUCCAGGGUGCGACUCUUGUACCAUAUUACCUUGACGAAUCUAGAGGUUGGGGAGUGAGGAUGUCAGAUUUGAAGAAGCAGCUGGAUGGUGCCCGAUCAAAGGGUGUAAAUGUGAGGGGACUUGUGGUGAUAAAUCCAGGAAACCCUACUGGACAUGUUCUUGUGGAGGAAAAUCAGCGUGAAAUUGUGGAAUUCUGUAGGAAGGAAGACCUUGUUCUUCUAGCAGAUGAGGUUUAUCAAGAAAACAUCUACACAGCUGAUAAGAAAUUUAAAUCUUUCAAGAAGAUAGCACGGUCCAUGGGGUUCAGCGAAGGAGACAUAUCUUUAGUGUCAUUUCAUUCGGUUUCUAAUGGGUAUUAUGGUGAAUGUGGGAGAAGGGGAGGUUAUAUGGAAGUCACUGGCUUUAAUUCUGAAGUAAAGAAACAAGUGUACAAAGUUGCAUCCCUAAGUUCAUGCUCCAAUAUCUCCGGUCAGAUCCUCAUGAGCCUAGUCAUGAACCCACCAAUGGUUGAGGAUGAGUCAUACACCUCUUAUCAGGCAGAAAGAAAUGGAAUAUUAUCAACUUUUUCUCGAUGUGCUGAGUCCAUGGCGUGUGCAUUGAACUGCCUGGAAGGAGUGACUUGCUGCAAAGCUGAAGGAGCAAUGUUUGUGUUCCCUUCAGUGCACCUGCCAAAAAGGGCAAUUGCAGCUGCUGAGGAACGGAACACAGAACCAGAUGUAUUCUAUGCCCUCCGUCUUCUUGAAAACACUGGGAUUGUUGUUGCGCCGGGUUCUGUUUUUGGACAAGUACAUGGUACAUGGCAUUUCAGAUGCACAAUCCUGCCAAAAGAAGAGAAGAUACCACUGUUCAUCUCCCGCUUUACAGCAUUUCAUGAAGGGUUCAUGGAAGAAUUUCGCAACUAACAGUUGGCAGCACUUAUUCCUAUUUAUAGCUCAACUUAAUACUUUGGGAAAAAACCUGGAUCCAUGUAACAAGUUCAUGAUUCCUGUCUGAAACUAACUUGGUUUUUCACACUCGAUGUGUCUAUCUUCUUUUCUAGUAAGAGACCUCAUGUAUUUUUGUCAAA